AUGAGGAACACGAGCAAAGAGCUGCACGGCGCCUCGCAGCGCUACGCUCCCUGCGAUUGGUAUUACCACCUCCCCGUGAAGCGGUCAGAGAAGGCUGUGGAUGCCCCACCAGCGUCCCAGAUCCCAGGUCUCAGCAAUUUGGGGGAAUCCCAAAAUGGGAACACGCUUGGGAUUCGGAGAUACUGGAUAAAAGAAACGGACUCGGAAUACGUGAAGCUGGCAAAACAAGGCGGCAGGCCUGAUUUGUUGACGCACUUUGUCCCUGGGACCAGGAAAGGCUCCCCGGUGGCCUACUCCCUGCCAGAUUGGUACAUCCACCACAGCAAGCCACCAACGGCCAACCAGCAAGAAGUCCGUGCUGUCUCCAUGCCAGAUUACAUGGUUUAUGAAGAAUUUAACCCUGACCAAACCAACGGUAGCUAUGAAUCCAGGAGAGGGCCCUACGACUUCGACAUGAAAACGGUUUGGCAAAGAGAGGCUGAGGAACUUGAAAAGGAGAAAAAAAAGGUGAGGCUACCAGCCAUUAACUCAAAGUAUCUGAGCAAAGUGGGGACUCCACUUGGCCCUAAAGACCCUGCAGGAAGUCGGCUGUCCUUCCCAGCAAUGCCUGGUCAAAAAACCAGUUCACCAACAAACUUUUCCAAACUUAUCAGCAAUGGUUACAAGGAUGACUGGUUACAGAAACAGCAAGUGGAUUCAGACAGGAGAACAACCCCAAGGACAUCCAGGGCAUCGGCGUCAUCUCAGUCCACACGAGACCCUGAAGGGCCCCAACAUGCAGAGGUGCCCCGAGACCUGGAGGCUCCUGAAGGCUCUGAGAAAGCUCAAGGUCAGGUGCUCCUAGUAGUCCCGUUCCCCUGA